CGUUAGGCUGAUCAUCUUAGUUCGAGCUCAGAGAUGGAAACUACACCAUAGUAACUAAUCCAGGGAGCAGACACUUGACCUGUGAUGAAACCAACAGAUCCAGUAAGACCUACACUUCAGCAAGGUACAAUGGCAGCUGUAUUCAACUCCCAUGGAGAAUAAAGAAGGGGAGCACAAGUGAAGUCAAAUUAGCUGAGAAUAUAACUUGAAAUGAGCAAAAGUCCCAAUGAAAGGACAAUAAAUCCAGAAGCCCAGAAUAAACAAAGCUGAUGUGCAAGACAGGAAUGAGGACCUUGUUAUAGCACUGAACAACAGCAACUAAGAGAGAAGAGUACAAAGGCCAUUACAGAUACAGAAAAGCACGGUUUCGCCAUAAAUGAUGGACAGCCAUUCCAUUUUGAGUCCUGCCUCCCAGGAAAGACGCCGAGCAUGGCUUAGAAGCAGCAGGUACAAAGCCAUCAAAGAUGACGACUGCAGUGUGAAAGAGACUGUGGAAUCACACCUACCUCAGCUGGAUGACGUCUUUGAAGAAGGACAAACUGCAACUAAAAUUGAAAGCUGGCUAGAAGACUGUGGGUCAUCAGAGGAAAGCAUCUCAAUGGAUUCUUCUUUGUCACUCAAUGAUUCUGGUCCAAAACCAGGAAUCAGUUUUGAAGAUGACCUAACUUUAGGAGCAGAAGCUACAAUGCUUCCUCGGUGCCACAAAGUAAUUACAUCAUGCAGACAGAAGUUUGAACGGUUCUGUCCUCAGAGGUUUCUCAAUCUGAAUGCCAGUAUGGCUUCAUCCACAGCAUCAUUCAAAACAUUCAAGACUAUCUCCAGUAUCAAAGAAUUCCUGGAGAUAUAUCGGGAAGAUCCAGAAAUCACUCUGUAUGAUUUGGGAUUUGGAAGAGAAGAGCCAAAAAUCACAGCAAAGAUUCCUGCUAGAUUUUUCAACUUCCCUUCACAAGCUAACGGUAUCAACUUCAGACUGUUUCUAGAAAGCCAGAUAGAGCGAAUAUAUUCAGAGGAUCCCAGUCUGACCUUAGCAAGUCGGUUUCUUCAGAUUGAGACUCUGACAGCAAGUGCCAAUGCCUUGUACUCCCUAUAUUCACAUGUUUCAAAGACACCGAUACAAAAAAUUGGUCCUGUAGCUGAAUUUUCCUACUCCAUGGACAUACCAGGAAUUAAGCUGAUGAGUCCCAGGCAAGAACCCAAAUCCCCAGUGGAUCGUUUAAAGGAGAUGGUCUCCAAAAUGUGUCUGUAUGGAGGAUCAAAGGAUACAGAAUUGAAGAAGAAUAUCAGACAGUCUCCUAGAAAAGAUUCAAAGAGACUAGAGAAUCUAGGAGACAUAGUAGAGGAGGGUCCGGGUUGCUUAAGUCCUGAUAAUAUGCAUUCAAAAUCUGCAACAAUGCAAGGUCAUGUUAAUCUAGAAGAUUUCAGGAUCAGAUCAAAUUUUAAUCACAAAGCCAAUGUCACUGUAGGGUCAAUAGAGAAGUCUGGAUCAAUAAACACAAAUUUGUCUUGUGAAGAAACAAGCAUACAGUCACCGCACACAGGUUUAACCAGUUUAACUUUGUCUCAACCAGCUCAGGUUAGUACAGACUCUUCAUUUGCAAUAUGUGAAAAAAACUAUAAUAGGAAAUGUCUUUUCAGUUCAGAAAGUUAUCAGGAAACUACAGAUGAUGAAAGUGACAGUGACCUUGAGGUGGACACAGAUUCUUCAAAUGGCAACGUGUUGAUGAUGUCCAAUCAUAAAGAGUUUGUAAAAUCAAUUUCAAUAUCCAGUGACAGAGAUCUUCAGCAAAAUUUUGCAUCAAAUCUGUUACAAAAAGAGUUGGAUAAAAACAAAGAAAGGAAUCCCAAAGUCUGCAGGGGGCCUAGCCUUUCAUUAUCCAUAAUUUCGCAUGUGAUAAAAAACAAACCAUCUUUUGAUAACUCCAUUGGUAAAGAUGUUCCAUGUAUGACUGACUUUAACCCAAGUACAAUCAGAUAUACCAAUAGGCAUAAAGAUUUCAUGAGUAAAAGUUGGAAACAUCAAAUUUGUGAUGAGGCAGUGGGGUUUGACAUAACCACUUACCCAAUGUCAAGACUAAACCAACAUAGAAGCAAUAUCCGUGAUUCCUUCAGAGAUCAUUGUGGACACGCCAAUGAUUUUCAAAGUGAGAUCUACAACAGAAUACUAAAAGUGGGUGAGCUAGGUAACAAAACCAAAGACAAUUCAUGCUCUGGACUGUACUACACUCGCACUUUAUCUUUACCAGAGACUACAUCCUUGAAAUAUGCCAUACUAAAAAGUCCGUCUUUCAAACAGGAAAAUUCAUUUGACAUGGAAGAGGUUCAAAGCAUAAGUGAAGGACAGAGCAGUUUUCUGGAUUACAGUAAUGUCAACAUCACUGACAUAUCAUCAAUAUCUGUCAGAAAAGGCAGAAAGGAUUUAAUUCUACGGGAUGACAGCACACAGUCUGAUAGUAGCGGUUUUAUGGAAGACAUGGGUUCCUGACAAUAAGUUUUUUGCUUCCUUUAACAUUUUAUACUUGGACAGGUGAAUGUAUGACUAAGAGAUACCACAAGUGAAUUUCAAUGCAGGCAUAUAGUAUGCUGUUGGGACAUUGUCAAACCUGCAGGAGAAACAAAGUGUGUAAAAUCGGCCACAGUGAACUCACAGUGCAUCAUUUAGAGAUCAAAUACAGCUACUGGACUUAUUGAACAAAGGUGCAUUCAUAUCCUGCAAGUACUAAUAUAAAUUCUUUUUAUCAUAAACAUUUCUUUGCACUGUGUAUAUUGGGCAGUAUCUAUGGGGUAAGUACCUCUUUUGUCACCUGUAGUUCUCUGUUUUUUCCAGAACUAACUACUGUGACAGUAUAGACUUGCUUUAGGUUCCAUAUACAUAGCUAUAAGCAGAUCGAAUCCUCUUUGAAUAUUUGUCAGUGCAGUAUACAUAUUCAGGAAACAAAGAACUUCUGGAGCACUGCAUAUGUUUCUGACUCACAUCUGUCUCCCUGUAUCAAAAUGUAAGAUGCACAACUUUGAAUCAACCGGUUGUAAUUUUUGCACAUAGAUAACUUGCCAACAAAAAUAACAUGUACCUCAAUCUUUAGCCACCUUAUUCUAUGCAGACAUUAAAAACUAACAAUACACAGCUUCAGAUUGACUGGACUACCAUCUGUUAUCAGAUUAGUCAUUUUAAAUUCCACAAAAUAAAGACUAAGUCGAUUGGUCAAGGGCAGAUCAUAUCUACUUUGAGGAGGUCAUCGAGGCAAUUGAUGAGGGCAAAAUAGUGUAUACUGCCUACCUUGAUCUGGCAAAGACAUUUGAUACAUUUCCACACUUGGGCAUUGUAAACAAACUUGGAUAUAGGCAUAAACCCAUAUGUUGCACACUAGACAGCCAGCUGGCUCUCAGAUAGGACCCUGGAAGUUAGGACAGGGGAGACCACCUCCACAAAGAAGCUAGUCCCUAACUGAGUCCCUUAGGGCUCUGUACUAUGUCCUCUUCUUUUUCUGCUUUUUGGAAGUCAAGGCCAAUGUCAAGGGCCUCUGGCUGACUGAGGGUUUCAGAUGAUCGCUGACUAGGAGCAGUCAUAUAAUCCUCAGGACACUAACAUCCUACUGGAAGGACUAACACAAACAAAUGACUGGUGCCAAAACUAUGGCUUAAAACUCACUGCCAAGAAAUUCAUAAUAGUUCCAUUUGAGAAGACAGCCAGUAGUCAUGGAUUUGGGUAUGCAUGUAGAUAGUAACCUGGCUUUCAACCAACAUGUGUUAAGGGAAUCACUCUAUGUUGCUCAACAUUUUAGCAAGGGCAUGGCAUCUUAGUCCAAGUAAGUCAUCAUUCCACUGCAUUCCCCUCUCAUCAGGGUAAUCAUUGAGUAUAACACUCCCCUUUGGAAUGUACCUGACCAGACACAUGCAUUGGCUGGAAUGUCCAUAGAGGUUCCUAACAAAAAGAAUAGAGGCAUAAACAGCAUGUCCUCUGCAGAUCAUCUCAAACCCUAUCUCUGAACUCUGUCUUCUGCAGGCUAGUGAGAGAUGAUCUAUGUCUGGCAUAGACGGCAUCCCUGGAUACCACUCUUAUAGACCUUUUGCAUAGGCAUGAAAUGAAUAGUAUCAGAAUUACUCAAUCUAGGGAUUUAGGCUUUGUUUGCUACAUAAAUAGGACAUGUUAGAGGGGCAGGUAUGUCACUGUAACAGGCUGCUUAACCAUGUGAAUUAGAGCUCUUCCUUAAUGCUGUUCAACAGAAACCUGGACCAGUGGAUAGGAAAUCAGACGUACACCUGGUGACUAGCACCUAUGUCUUUAAUGGGCAGAUAAGACUGUAAAUCUUCCCCUAGCUUACACAUUUCCAUUUAAAUAACCUCUAAGGCUCAAUAAUUCACGUGAUAUAUUUGAGUUCCAUAGCUAGGUUUGAAGGCCUAGUGGUCAUUAGCUUAGUUUUCUCCUAUGAACGUAGAUGUCAGUCUUAGAUGAUCUCUUGACUUUACAUUCAUCAUAGGUGUGAUACAUAUACUUCUCUUGAAACAACAUAACAGACAAUGCGAAUGUGAAACUAUUCAAGUGUUUUUUACAAUCGUUUAAAAGUUAUGACAUGUCUGGCUUUAAGGCAGGCCAUUCAUAGGAUCAGAGCUUGUGCUUGUAGCAAACUUUCAGAAAACUAAACAGUCCUUGUCUACCUUUGUAUUUUUCCAUUCAUUUUGACAUGCUCCAUAAGCCACCAUUUCAUGAUUCCACACUGCAAAAUAUAAGGAUAAUCUUUCAAAGCAUUUCAUGGUUAUCAGAUGGCUAGCACCUUUGCUUCACCCUUCCUGUGUUGAGUCUGUACCCCAGUGGUCUCACUAAAAGCUGAGCCAAUGAGAGUCUGCAAGGUAAAUGCUCAUUAAGCAAUGGAAAACAUCCAAACAGAUGCUGGUUUAGGUUCUGAAAGACUAGGGUGUUCUGUAACAUUCUGACUAAUUAUGAUUUAUUUCUCAUAGGUUAAUAGGCCAUUAACGAUACUGGGGAAUUCCAUGUGUCAAGAUACAACUAGUAAAUGACUGGCUGGUCACGAUCACUCUACUAUUAAUUAUAUACAUAUUUAAUAUAAUAUUUGAUUCACUCUAUGUGCAUAGCAUGCACUUGGCAAUGUCCACGGGUAUAGAUGUCGAACAUGAAAGGUAUUAAUGAUUACAGAAGUGACAUGAUAAGCAAUAACCCAGGAUGAAAGAUCAGGCCAUAGUGAUGCCUUAAAGCUGAAUGUAUUAAAAGGCAAGGGAUAGCAAAGUACUGAAAAAGAUACACAAGUGAAAGCCUUAACUUUAUUAAAAAGAUUAUACAACUAAUAGACACCUAAUAGACAUGUUUUAUAUAUUCAAAAGUUUUUAUUCUCUGACUGAUGAUAUAUUUAUGAAAGAAUACUGUUUUAAAAAUAUUGAAUUAAGAUAUUAUAUUAUGUAGAAAUUUGCAGUGUUUACAAGAUCAUUGUGUAUGAAUAAAUACUUCCUAAUUACUUAAAUCUAUGCUUCAUGAUUACUAAUUAUUGUAAAAAGUUUCAUGAUUUUUCCUGUUUUCAUUCAAACCUAAUCUUAAAAUUGACUGUAUAAUAAUAAAAAUACUCACCUGAAGCUAAUAUUGUGAUGUAAUGAAGGGAGAUUUAUGGGAAUAUGCAUGGAGAGUGAGAUUCAUAAAGCACAUAUACAAAGAAUAAAAUGCAUGCAUUUGCAAUCCAGAGACAAUGUGUUUCUGGUGACUGUAAUACAAACUGACAUAAACAGUGACUUUCCUGGUACAGUGCAUUAGGAGAUGGGAUAUGUAACUGCCCUGUCUGCCAAAGUAUUUAACAGCUCCAAGCAAUUCAUGAAACUGACCACUAGAUUAGUACAGAAGUCAAAUCAUCAUGAAAAGUUGGUUCACCGCUGGUACAGCUCAUUUUUGCAGACUAAAUUAUGAAUGAUCUAGAAAUGAGGGUUCCACAGCACCUAUAUAGUGUUAGAGGUGGUGGCACAGACUACCAUAAUAUUAAAAGAGACCCUGUUUUUCUGUGCAAAGUCUACCUUCUAAGGCUGAGUGCAUUUUAAAAAUUGCAUAUCACAUAGCAGUUCUGUGCAACUCUGGCACUAUAGCAAUCAGCUACUAAAAUAUCUUAAUUUAUGAAAUAAUAUCUCAUAAGGCUACAUUUUUCACAGCUGGAUAAUUUUGCAAAGGGAACUGUGUGAUGGGAAUAAAGGUUUUCCAUAGAGCUGUGCCAUACGGUCAUACUGUCAUACAACUAGUGAGGAAACAUUAUGUGGUGAAGAUUCACUUUAUAUGGAUAUGUACUCAUUUGAGCAACUGUGGAGGGAUGAAGGGUUCAUGACAAACGUGUCCAUGGUUGGGAGACCAUACAUUGGUACGUUUCAUUGUACACUGAUGUUCUUCAUCUCAUGGGCAAACUGUGUAAAGUAGUUCAUUAAUCAUGGAUGGCACUCACCUGUUAGGGAAGGUGUGUAUGCAGGAGUGGAUCAGUGCACAUGGAUACCCCUUAACUUGAUGGAAGAACUGUGUAUGCAGGAGACGUUUAUUAUAUAUAAAUGUGCCUCACCUCAAAAAGCUCAUAUAUUCAGGAGGGGCUCAUUAUGCUUUAAUGCCCCUCAUCUCAUAGGGAAACUGUGGCCAGUAACGGAUCACUAUAUAUUGAUACCCUUCUUCUGAUGGGGAAAAUCAGCUUAAAAUGUAAAAGAUAAACAAGCAUAAAUAUUUUGUGAACAACAAAAGUUAUUAAACUGUACAAAUAGCAAUGUUACCUGUAAGACAUAUUUUUACAGUGAUAAUAGUCAAUGCAUUCAUACUAUUUACAUAAAUACUAUUGCAUAUUAUAAUGCACACAAACCCAGAAUUAUAUUUUUUGCUAAACAUUCACAAAAAAAUAAUCAUAUAUUGGACAAUGUGAAACCUACACGUAUAUUGUUAGAACACUUUUGUUAACCAGACAUAAGCUUUCACAUAACAAGAAGAAAUUCCACUCUGAAAGCAUGUUUAUUGAGAUAAUUAUCUAAACAUGAACAUUUAUGGUUAAUUAUACGAUUAGCAAUGUAAAUAAAUGGACAUUGAUAAUAACUUUUCUUUUCACUCAUUAUAGCAUUUCACACCACACUAUUCAAUAGCAUGUAGAUCUCUCAGAUACGAAAAUAUAAACAUAAAUAUGAAAUAUGAAAAAUAAGCAAAAACAGUGAUUCAUUUCCCUACUGCAGGAUAUCAUAGAUUGACAAACUUACUGUAAUAUUGUUAAUAUCUCCUUGCCCUUUCUAAUACUGCCUGUUAUUAGCCGAUAAGCUACUUAGUUAAAGAAGUCAUGCCCAAAAAAAUCUGGACACCAUAAGGAGCUACGGUUGCUAACUAGAAGAAUACAAAAAAGGUACUAUAGGCUUGAAUGAGUUAAGAACCUGAGACACCGAUCAGAUCUGUCCAAGAGAUCAGGGUUUGAUUCCAACAGUGUUCACCUACAUACUAUGUGGAAGUCACUCUGGCAGAUAAACAGACACUUGCAUCUAGUGGAUGUUAUAUGUUCAGUAGACUAAUGUUUAAAUGAAUAACUACUCUAAAAGAACUUUCGUUCAAGGUGUUUUCCUGACUAUUUCACCUAUGCCAUUAAUUAUGAAGUUUACACCGAUGUAUAAAAUAUGGUGAUAUUCAGUAUAAAUUAAUUUAUACAAAUCAUUUUUUGCAUAACUCUAAUAUCUGUUACAUAUUCCUCUUUAAAUCCCUUUAUUUUUUCUUAGUGACCCUUCAUGGAAAGUUUGCUAAUAAAAUUGUUACAUGGUUGAACAACGCAAUAUUAAAGUCUAAAAGUCAACAGAUAAUGUAGAGCAGAACAGAAUGAUUUGCAAUGUUUCCCGAAGUCAUUGUUUAAUUCAGACAUAUUAAAACACGUCUUCUUCCUGUGAACAACAUCAUUCCUUUAAAAAAUGUAAUAACAAACAUUCUGUUUUUUGUGUUACAUGUCUAUUCUGGUGUGUAGCAUUUCUAAUCCCCAUUUGUUCACCAA